AUGGGUGGUGCUGAAACUUUAAUGAACCGCAUGGUAUUACUCAUCUGUUCUCUUUAUCUCCUCUUAGACUGCCUUGGCUCUGCUGUUUUUUCCCCCAUCAAAGCUGAUAUUGUGGGUAACAUCACUAAAAUCAAGGCUGUGUAUGACAGCAACCCUACCAGGUUUAAAACCCUGCAGCACAUUUUGGAAGCAGAGAAGGAGAUGCAUGGAUCCGAGUGGCCAAAAGUAGGAGCAACACUUGCCCUCAUGUGGCUGAAAAGGGGGCUACGCUUUAUCCAGGUUCUUCUCCAGAGUCUAGUGGAUGGGGAUAAAGAUGAAAACAACCCUAACCUCAUCAGAGUCAACAUCACCAAAGCUUAUGAGAUGGCAUUGAAGAAGUAUCAUGGCUGGUUUGUCCAGAAGCUCUUUCAAGCAGCACUAUAUGCCGCACCAUACAGAUCAGAUUUUCUCAAAGCUCUUUCAAGAGGGCGAGAGGUCAAGGAGGAAGAAUGCUUGGACAAAGUGCGGCAGUUCCUAGUAAACUUCACAGCUACUAUUGACGCCAUCUAUGAAAUGUACACCAAAAUGAAUGCAGAGCUGGACUACACUGUGUGAUCUCUCAUUCACAAAACAAGCAAACUUCAGACCUCAUCUUCUGCCCUCCCACUGGAUCACUGUCGCCUCCCAUUAGACACCUCCUUAGUCUCCUCACUGGACUGUUGUUUUGUCCUACUGGAUCCUGCAUCUCCAGCAGUAUACUGUUGCAUUUUCUCUAGGGGGACAAUUAUGGUCCAAGCUGCUGAAGUCUCUGACGGUUUCAGAAGGGAGGAUGUCUGUUAUUGUUUGUUCUGUUCGUGUUGACGGUUUGAAUGCCUUGGCUUUUCUUUAGAAGAGUAGUAUUCUUAAAAAAGACAGUUUGUGAGUGUUUUAUAAUUUUAACUACUAAUCCUUUCUGUUUGAUUCUUAAUACAUGUGCACUUUAAGUAUGUGUAUGGAAUGGUUCUGUAUGUGCUCCUUUAACAAUAGACUGCAAUUGAGGGUUUUAAUUUUACUUAUAUAAAUUAUACCAAAAACAAAAGUCUGCAGACUCUCUAACCAAAUAUCUGACAUUGACUGUACUGCUGUUUGUUUUUGCUUUGGAUUCUAUUUUAUGAGAAAAUAAUACUUGAAUAUGACAUAAAAUAUAAAGAAACCACUUCCUUAGAAGUGACAAUGAAGCCACUCUAUUGAGUUGCGAAACAACAUAUUCAGUAAAUAGUAAAACCUCUGUAAUAUUUUCUUAGAUUUACUUCUACAAGACAUAUUAAGACUCUUAUUAUAUGGAUGACUGAAUCUUCAUUGACGUAAUUGGUCUGAUGUUCUGUUUAUGUAAUAUAAUGGAUAAGUAUUGUUGGUUUGUAGGUUUUAAUUAGUCAUUUCCAAAUGAUCAAAGGUUAAAUUCAUUCACACUGCUUUUUAGAAAUAAAUGUUAAUUUAUUUCAAUUAUUUGUUCUUUAUUCCAGCUGCCUUGUGCUUCAUUUUAUGACAUUACAGACUUAUUUCACUUUGCUUUUGCUUAGUCAGUAGGCAAACACUGAACAACAUUUCAGUUCUAUCCCAGGUUACACCACUGCAACAACACUAGUACAUUUCACAGUACAACAUACAGUGCAUUCUGAAGAUUUUAUUUUAACCAGUGGACUUUGCCUGUUCUUGUUGUCAACUGAGUUGACAUCAAUAAAAGCUGAUUUCUUUGAAUUAUUUUUGUUAAAGUGUGAAAAUCUCACUGGCGUAGAGGACGGACAAAACUGAAGCAGUACAUCAUGAUGACCAUGUGGCGGAUGCCUUCUGGUGCUGUUUUGCUUUUUCACUGUAAUUUAUUAUCUUAAUGUGUCUGGCAUUUAUCAUAGUUAUGUGUAGUCUCUUUAAAAUCUCAUUAAA